UCAGUCCUUAUACGCACUUUCUGCCCUGACGGCCUUGCAUUACUCGGUUCCGACCACUGCGGGGCGGUUAGAACUUCGGAACGAUGGCCAACCCGAUCACAAGCUAAAAUAUACAUCCAACCGCGUAUAAUAUACUCGCAGCAACAGGGCGGCCAGGACAUGCAACCGAGGGACGGCGAGGGUGCCGGUUAUGCAAUCCGGUGCAUUCACUCGCGAAUUAUUGCGCCUACUCGAGCGCCGAUAGCCUGUGCUGCGCUCAGUAACAUAUCCAUUCACACCAUGGCUGAUUUGCAGCAGGCGCAUGGGCGCUAGCGACACGAAAACACUUUGUCGCCAACAGUUGCAGCUGACCGCUGGUGCUGGUAUCCCUAUCAUCGACGCACUUGUUCAAUACAGCCAUCCAAGAAACUGCCGGGCUCUCAGUCGCGUGCACUCGGCGCGUUUGACUAGUCGAGCGCUUUCGACCCCGGUAUUACCAGCACGGCGCAGUCCCUUGGCCUCUUUGGAUUGUUGCUGACAGUGCGAACAAUGGCAGACUACAAGAAUGCCUUCAUUGCUGAGCCCAACGCCAUCGGCGUUGAGGGCGUGUUCGGCAUCGUUCCCACGCGUGAAGCGUUCGCCCUCCAGGAAAAUGACCUGGCGACGCGGCUGUUCCCGACCUCAGCCCAGUACACGGAUGAGAUUGGCUCCAGUGCCCCCUCCUCGGCCGUCCUGUCGCGCAUGAGUCAGGCGCAGGUACAUCGCCUGCACCACAGGCUGAGUCAGCUCCCCCCCGAUGAGGCGGCGCUGAUGGAAGCUGCGGUGGAUGAGGCGGUGCACAAGCGGCUGCGGCCGCUGAAGGAGCUGCAGGAGCUGGACAAGAAGGUGCAGGCUGCGGACGAGCAGCUCAAGGAGUACGGCGGCUUCACUGCGGCCAUGGGCGCGCGCAUGCGGGCUCUGGGCGUGUCGAUGCCCUCCGUCACGCUCGAGUACCGCGACCUGGCUGUGCACACGGACGCACUGGUGGGCAGUGCCGGCAUACCCUCCGUGGGCAACUCCCUGCUGGGCAUAUUCAAGCGGCUGGUGUGUGUCAAGAGCAACACAGUGGACCACCCCAUCCUGGACGGCCUCAGCGGCGUGCUGCGCCCCGGCCGCCCCACGCUGCUGCUGGGGCCGCCCUCCUCCGGCAAGUCCAGCCUGCUCAAGGUGCUUGCGGGCCGCUACCGCAACGGCCAGGAGGGUCUGCGGAUCACGGGCGACCUGCGCUACAACGGCUGCACCCAGGACGAGUUCGUGGUGGAGCGAACCACCUCGCUGGUCAACCAGCACGACAACCACAUCCCCACCCUGACCGUCAUGGAGACGCUGGAGUUCGCGCACACGUGCCAGCUGGGCAGCCGGGGGGGCGGCUUCGACCUGCCGGGGGAGCUGAGGAGGGCCAUCGAGAAGGCCCGCGCCGACGGCACCUACGUGCCGCCCGAGCACUCGCUGUCUGACGACGAGCUGCUCAAGCUGAUGGACGAGACGUACGACAGCGGCAUCCGUACACUGGGCGCCAUGCGGGCCAUGGGCAUCGCACACACCGCCAACACGCCCGUGGGGGACGCCAUGCUGCGCGGCGUGAGCGGAGGCGAGCGCAAGCGCGUCACCACUGCCGAGAUGCUGGUGGGCCCGCGCCGCGUGCUGCUGCUUGACGAGAUCAGCACCGGCCUGGACAGCGCCACACUCUACUCCAUUGCCGACCUGCUGUGCAAGUUCUGCCGGCUGUUCGGCACCACGGUGCUGGUCAGCCUGCUGCAGCCUCCGCCCGAGGUGUACUUCCUGUUUGACGACGUCGUGCUCACCAGCGCCGGCCACAUCACCUACCACGGCCCGCCGGCGGGCGCGCUGCCCUUCUACCAGCAGCUGGGGUUCGUGUGCCCGCCGCGCAAGGACGUCCCCUCCUUCCUGCAGGAGAUCACCACCGCCUCAGGCCAGCAGGAGUACGCAUCUGACGAGCUGCGCGCGCGACUGGGACUGCCCAGGCCCGGCGCCGCCGCCACCCCGGGCGUCUCCUCGCCGCCCUCUCAGAGCAAGGCCGCCGCCGCCGCCCUGGAAAUUUCCAAGCCACAGGCGGUGGCGGAGGGCGCCGAAGGCGCCGCCACUGCCGCCGCCACCGCGGCGGCGGCCUGCAGCGGCGGCACUCGCUGGGUGAUUCCGCCGUCUCAGGUGGCGGAGGCGUUCUGGCGGGACACGGAGGCGGGCCGCGACAUGCGGAGGCUGCUGGAGCAGCCGUUCGACAAGGCCAAGGGGCACCCCGCGGCGCUGGUGCGCACCCGCUAUGCGCUGGGUCACCUGGAGGCGCUGGCGGUGGUGGUGCGGCGGCAGCUGCUGCUGGUGUCGCGCGACACCAUCCUCAUCAAGGGGCGGCUGAUGCAGGUGGUGGUGAUGGGCCUCAUCACCGGCUCGCUGUUCUUCCAGCUGGGCACCUCGGUCAGCGACGCGCGCGCCUACUUCGGCGUGUCCUUCCUGGCCGUCAUGUUCAUGGCCAUGGGCGCCAUGCCCGCACUGCCCGUCACACUGGCCACAAAGGGUGUGUGGGAGAAGCACCGCACCGCAUACUUCUACCCCGCCUGGUGCCACGCGCUGGGUGCCAACCUGGCGCAGGUGCCCAUGAUGGUCGUGGACUCGCUCGCCUACUCACUCAUCCUGUACUGGAUGGUGGGCUACACCCCCGUGGCCGGCCAGUUCUUUGCCUUCUGGCUGGCCAUGUUCUCCAUGAGCCUCAACUCCAACGUGCUGUUCAGGCUGAUUGCCUACGCCUCUCCGGACGCGGUGAGCGCCAACGCCUUCGGCGGCUUCGUGCUGCUCAUCCUCAUCGUGCUGUCCGGAUUCGCCAUCAUCCGGGGCUCCAUCCCCGACUACUGGAUCUGGGGCUACUACAUCUCGCCCUUCGCCUGGGGCCUGCGCUGUGUGGUCAUCAACGAUUUCCCCAGCCAGCGCUGGGGCUACCCCAGCACCAUCACGCCCGGCAUGACCGCGGGCGAGGAGGCGCUGUCCACCUUUGACUUCUACACCAGCUGGGACUGGUACUGGGGCGGCAUCGGCUACCUGUGGGGCAGCGCGGCGCUGUUCGUGGGCGCAUCCACACUGGCGCUCACCUACCUGUCCAGCGAGCCGCCGGUGGCGCGUGUGCCUGACCCCGACGAGCUGUUGGCCGCGCGCAAGAAGGCCGUGGAGGCGCGAGCCCGCGCCGCCGCAGCUGCCGCAGCCAAAGCCAAGGCCAAGGCCGGCGCCGGGGACGCAGCCAACGGCGCCGCCGCUGCCGCUGCUGCUGCUGCCGCUGCCGCGGCUGCCGCGGAUGAGGGGGAGGUGGCGGUGACGGUGGAUGUGGGCAAGCUGCCGUACACGCCCAUCACACUCGUGUUUGAGGACCUGCGCUACUUCGUGCCCAACCCCUCCGCCGGCGUGAAGGCCGCCCCCGGCUCCGAGCCGCCGCCGCCUCGCCUGGAGCUGCUCAAGGGCAUCACAGGCUUCUCAGUGCCUGGCAGCAUGACGGCACUCAUGGGCGGCAGUGGCGCGGGCAAGACCACGCUGAUGGACGUGAUCGCGGGCCGCAAGACGGUGGGCGAGAUCACGGGCAACAUCUGGGUCAACGGCCACGCCAAGGACCAGGCCAGCUGGGCGCGCAGCAGUGGCUACGUGGAGCAGAUGGACAUCCACUCCCCAGCCACCGUGAGCCUGGACGCGCGCGCCGCCUCUGUGGUGAUGCGCGCCAUCCGCAAUGUGGCGGCGGACGGGCGCACCAUCAUGGUCACCAUCCACCAGCCCAGCAUCGAGAUCUUUGAGAGCUUCGACAUGCUGCUGCUGCUGCAGCGCGGUGGGCGCACCACCUACUUUGGCCCCAUGGGUGUGGGCAGCAGGGGCCUGAUCGACUACCUCACCGGCGCCAUCCCGGGCGUGGAGCCUCUCCCCGCCGACUACAACCCCGCGACCUGGAUGCUGGAGGUCACGGGCGCGGCCAAGGCGGUGCGCAUCAAGGCAGUGGAGGGAGCGGACUGGCCCGCCCUGUAUGCGGGCUCCGCCCUGGCCGCCUCCAACGCGUCCGAGGCCGCCCGGCUUGUGGAGGCCAGCCGCAAGGCGCACCCCGAGCCGCUGGCGGUGUCGGGCACCUACGCCGCGGGGCUGCUCACACAGCUGCAAGUGCUGGGCUCCAAGUUCCGACUGGCCUAUUGGCGCACGCCCUCCUACAACUUCGUCCGCAUCGCCAUGACGGUGGCGGUGGCUCUGGUGUACGGCUCCGUGUACUGGGGCGAGGGCGACGUGCCCGACCCCGCGUCCACAGGCUCCGUGCAGAACGUCAUGGGUGUGCUGUUCAGCAGCACCAGCUUCCUGGGGAUGGCGGGCAUGAACAGCCUCAUGCCGCUGCUGGGCUUUGAGCGCGUGGUGUACUACAGGGAGCAGGCCGCGGCCAUGUACAACCCCUGGGUGUACGGAUUCGUACUCAUGGGCGUGGAGACGCCGUACCUGCUGAGUCAGGUGGUGCUGUUUGUGGGCAUCAUGUACCCCAUGAUCGCCUUCGCGGGAACCGCCGCCAAGUUCUUCUACUACUUCUUCAUGGUCUUCCUGACUCUGAUGUUCUACCUGGGUUUCGCCAGCGCCCUGGUCUACAUCACGCCCAGCCAGCAGCUGGCGCAGGUGGUGGGAGCCGCCUUCAACUUCCUGUUCAACCUCUUCAACGGCUUCGUGCUGCCGUACAGCGUCAUUCCCAACUAUUACAAGUGGGCUAACAGGAUCAGCCCCACCACAUGGGUGCUGUACGGGCUGGCUGUGGACCAGCUGGGCGACAUCACCAGCCCCCUGCAGGCCGCCGGCGUGCCGCCCGACACCACCGUCAGCGCCUUCCUGCGCAGCUACUUCGGCUACAGCUACGACUUCAGGUUCUGGUGCCUGCUGAUCGUGGCGGCCUUCGUGGUGUUCUUCCGCUCCAUGGGCAUUUUGGCGCUGAGGUACAUCAGCUUCCUCAAGCGCUAGGCAGGCGGCUAGCUGGGGGCCGGUUGUGUGGUUGGGUGGGAGGAUGGAUGGAUGUGUGGGGUGCUCGUGAGAGUUUCCCGGAUUUCUUAUUGGGACAGGACAGUUGCUGGAGUAUCUGCGUUGGCAAGUCGGCAUUCGUGUGCGCGUUCAUGCGUGCGGGCGUGCACGCCAGGCAGAGAAGCUUGACGAUGCAUGCCCUUUGGCGUGCUUGGAGUCUGUCUAGGAAGGCGCUCGUGCGGCAGCCAGCCGACUCUACGCACGAACAUGAUCUGAUUGGGCGCGCGCGAGGGUUGAUUGAAUGGCACCAUUCGCGAUUACGCAUCAACGCCAGAGGAUCCUGCGUGGCUGUUGCUUGCCGGUGCGCGCGUUGAAUUGACUCGUGAAUUUGCGUUAGAGAUACGGUAGUACGAGCAUGCAUAAGAUUAUUACGGUACACCCCUGCACAGAAACACAGAUAAGCAGAGUGGUUGGAUGUUGCGGUUGUGGCACUGCCUAGCACUGGGAGCUCGCGUGUAUACAUGUGGCACGCUUGACAUGCACCUCGGUUUAGUGUCCAUGGCACUGGUUGCACCUCGUUACGAGAUUGCGCUGCGUGAAUAUUACGGCAUUUACAGUAAGUGCGUGAGGCUAAGCUGCUGGCAUGCUUACGUGGACAGAGAUGCCGUGCAACAGUCCAAUUACAGCCAAGAGAUGGAGCGGCCGUGUAACACAGGGCGGGGGCCAACAUCUU